UGACCCAGGCCGAACCAACAUCAAGCUUCUCCUGCUCUGCGCCGCAUUCACCGUGCGGUUACGUUGCGUCCGGCAACCGCAGCCGCCCCGUCCUCCCGUCUCUAAGGCGGGUGCGUUACCCUGACAUGGUCCAUCAUGUUUUCCUCUAAAGAUCGCGAUGUCGACGCUGUCGACGACCGCCCGCGCGAGAAGCCACACCGAUCCAAGUCCGAGCGGAUUCACAGAGAGCGCGAUCGAGAGAAGGACAGGGAUCGGGAGCAGCGCAGAAGGGACAGAGAUAGAUACGGGGACGGCGAUAGUGUGCGGGACAGAGAUUCUCUGCUUUCGUCCUCUCACCGCCAUCACCACCACUCCCAUCGAUCGUCGACUUCGUCGAGGUUUUCCAAGCUGAGGCCGACCGAUAGCGAGAGAUCGCACCGACGGCCGAGAACGAGAGACAUGGACAAGGAGCACCCGGACGAUAAGUCGGCCGCUGCAAGGUCCAUGAUAGACCUGGUGCCGGAGCUGGCAAGGGGCGUGGAGAGCGAGCGGGGCAGCUUCCCGUAUCCGUCUUUCAACAAGGCGCACAGCAAGGAGCUCCUUUAUAGCAAGGAGGAUGUCUCGGCGCCUGGUGUCAGAAAGGCGGACCCUCUCACACCAGAUGCUACGGAUCUCGGAGGCAGUGAGAUGAAGCGGUCCAAGUCGGUCGGCGCCCCUCCCGUCGCCCGGAAGAACUCGACAGCGCGGGAGAAUGGCCGCAAGGAGGACAGGCCACCGUCACCCCCCGAGACGGACCUCUCCGGUCAGAAAAAGAGACCCGAAACUCCAGUGUCAGUGAAGGAAGCAGAUGCGUCAGAAACGAGGCCUUCGUCUAGGGGCUCCUGGGUCUCGAGGUCCACUUCCAAGCACGAGUCCAAGUCGAGACUCUCGAAGGCGUCCAGCCAGGCGACCUUCGUCAUGCGGCCGGCACCUUCAGUCAGGGCGCCACGUGGCGACGAUUCCGGAGCAGCGAAAUCUGAGAUAACCGACGCGUCUACGCUGGAGCCGGGCUCGACAGCUACAACGCUACCAAGACGGAGCGCUUCCAUGGCCCAGCAGCCACCUGUGGAUGCCGCGGAUUCUUCACCAGAAUCAGCCGUAGACACUUCUCCCAGGACACCAACACACACCCCUCACUUCCCGCCGCCUCUCAUGGCCGAGGAGAAACAUCACUAUACCACAUCCGACGUACCGACUCCUUCAGCAACCCCGGCAUUCACUCCAGCCCCCCCGCCUCCACCGCCGCCGCCGCCGCCUCCGCCUGCACUUAACCUUCAGGAGGUUCCCCGUGUGGACUACCUCCUGCAGAAUGGUGGCUUGCCACAGCCCGUGCCUAGACAUUUCCUCGCCGUUCUGCCGCGACAGAACGGUACACGGCCGUCCAACCCCCCACUCCAAGGCGCCGAGACGCUCUUUGCACCCUUCUUCAACCUCCUGCAACAAUACCAGACGGUACUUUCAGGCCACGGCUCCAUCGCCGUUGCGACCGGCCACCGGACCGUCGCUCGCCGGCUCUUGGAUAGGUUAGAGAACGUGUUCUCCCGGGAUCUUCCGCCUGAUGGCUGCCCCUGCGUGGUGUGCGAGCGCUCAGGGGAGCCCCAUAGGGGUUUAGGAUGGGGAGAGGUGCUUGAGAGAGUGAGUGGGAGGGUAGACUUGCCGCCGUGGCCACCAUUCGACUUCUCGCUGCUGAGCAGCAAGGCGGUCGAGGAUUUGGCCGACAUCCCGCCACGGCCAUCAUCACCGGUCAAGAUGGAUCCGGACAUUGCUGAGGAGUUUAGAGAACACUAUCUCCGCCAGACCAAGCGAGUUCGGGCGGCCGUCGACAAGUGGAUGUCCAACGUCGAGAAGACUGCCGCUCCGCCGCCACAGGACGUCGACGACGAGACGCUCGCCUUCGCCAUCCUCACCAACCUGGAGCAGGAGGACCGGCCCUACUUCAACGCCCUGCUUGCCGGCUCACGGGAGCUACUGCCCGCGAUGCGGGCCCCUACCCCAAUCCGCAGACCCCGCAACGAUUUCAUCGUGAAGGCCGGUCUCUCGCUCCAGAGGUUAUACCGCCUGCCGCAAGCGCCGCGCGACGCCGAGACAGCCGUCUACCUCGUCAAGAACCCGGGCACGCACGACCUCCUCUACACAAUAUCCGACAUCAGCACCUCCGAGUGGGAGAUCCUCACUUCGGGCCGCUUCGACGGCUUCCUCUGGUCCGGCGCCGAAGACGACACCACCGUCCAGUUCGGCGAGGGCCCGUCACGCCUGGCGACGCCCGCAAGCGGCAUGUUCUCGCCUUCGCGCAUGAUGAGCCCCACAGGCCCCGCCGGAAGGGGCCCAAUGUCCCGCACCACGACCCCGUUCGGGCCCUUCUCCCGCGGCCAGACGCCCGCGUCCUUCAUCAGCGGCGUGUCGGCCGCCUCGUCGUCGGCCCCGUACCCUUCCCGCGCGGCCGUCACGCACGACGAGGAGGUCGAGGUGGCGACGCUGGCCGAGCUGGAGCGCGAGAUCUUCAACGGCAUGGAGGCGCUCGAGGACGCGUUCGAGAAGCUGCACGAGCAGGCCAUGGCGGUGCGCGAUGGCUUGCGGCGGCGGGGCGCCGCGCUGCAGAUGAGUCUGCAGCAGCGCAGGGGCGGGUUCGGCACGGGUCGGGGUAUCGAUGUCUUGCCGUUGUCUGGGUCCAGCGGCACCUACGAUCGGCCGGCAUGGGCGGACGAGGAGAGCAUAGAUGGCGCGGAUAGCGAGUGGGGCGGGGACGAUAUUAGCGAGCUCGCGCCGGAUGACUCGGCGAGCCAGGUCAGUAGUAAUCGGUUGAGGCGGCCGAAGCGGAGGAGGGAGCGGGCCACGCCAGCGCCGAUUGAGGAGGAGGAUGAGCAGUGAUGAUUACUCGGGAUGAAUCAUUCAUGACUAGGCAUGGGAAAUGGCACCGUAUACCAACUUGGCUUUUUUCAAGGCUGUUGUGACGUUUCGUGUUCUUUGG